GCCGUAGGGUAUCACUCUGCACGAGAGAGAGAGAGAGAAAUGGAGGGAAUAGAGCACAGAACAGUGGAAGUGAAUGGCAUAAAAAUGCACAUAGCAGAGAAAGGAGAAGGUCCCGUGGUGUUGUUCCUCCACGGCUUCCCCGAACUUUGGUACUCUUGGCGGCACCAGAUUGUGGCUCUCAGUUCCCUCGGAUAUCACGCGGUGGCUCCAGAUCUCCGCGGCUACGGUGACACGGAGGCGCCACCUUCAAUAAGCAGCUACACUGGUUUUCACAUAGUGGGUGAUAUUGUUGCACUCAUAGACACUUUGGGUGUCCAACAAGUCUACCUUGUGGCUCAUGAUUGGGGAGCCCUCAUAGGUUGGUAUCUCUGCAUGUUUCGGCCUGAGAGAGUGAAGGCCUAUGUCUGCCUCAGUGUCCCCUUCCUCCGCAGAGACCCUAAGAUUAGGACGGUAGAUGGCAUGCGUGCUAUGUAUGGAGAUGAUUACUAUAUUUGCAGAUUUCAGGAACCGGGGAAAACGGAAGCUGAGAUGGCUGAAGUUGGUGUUGAAUAUGUGCUAAAAAACAUUCUCACGACUCGGAAGCCUGGUCCUCCAAUCUUUCCCAAAGGAGAGUAUGGAUAUGGAUUCAAUCCGGAUAUGCCUGAGACAUUGCCUUCAUGGCUCACAGAAGAUGAUCUUCACUAUUAUGUCUCCAAAUUUGAAAAAACCGGCUUUACGGGUGGCUUGAACUACUACAGAAAUUUUAACCCAAAUUGGGAGCUCAUGGCACCGUGGAGUGGAGUGCGAAUCAAGGUACCCGUUAAAUUCAUUACGGGAGAAUUAGACAUGGUGUACACCUCGCUAGGCAUGGAGGAGUAUGUCCAUGGUGGAGGUUUCAAGGAGGAUGUGCCCCAUUUGAAAGAGGUGAUUGUGCAGAAAGGAGUAGCUCACUUCAAUAAUCAAGAAACUCCCGAGGAAAUCAAUAAUCACAUUCAUGAUUUCAUUACCAAAUUCUGAUUUGAUCCACUGAAUGUUGUCUUUUAAGUUAUGGGUAAAUCAUUGUACCCAUGUUCUUUGUUUCGGUAGUCUUCAAUAACAGUGUCAUGUUCUUCGUUUCGGUAGUCUCAACUACUCAAUAAGUGUCACGCGAAUGUAUAAAUUAAAUUCUACUCAAUAACAGUGUCGGUGAAUAAUGUUUG